AUGCCGGGCUAUGUCAACAUCCAACCUGAGGAGCCUUCGGCAUGUGAAGAGUGUGGUCUCGGAUUUUUCUGCAUGGGCGGUACGCACAAGCAGCCCUGUGCCCCCUCUAAGACCACGGCGGGUCCUACAGCUGGUGAUGAAUCCCAGUGCCUGUGCAUGGCGGGCACCUUCCCCCAAGACGAUGGACAUUGUGUUCCUUGUGCAGUUGGCCAUUUCAAGGACAGCAUUGGCAAUGUGCCUUGCUCUGAGUGCGGCCCUGGAACGUUCAGCAACACCACAGGGGCCACCGUGGAGUGCGAAUGCAGUUAUGGCUACGGUUACGACGACGCAGAAGCUGGCUGCAUAGCCUGCCCAGCAGGUGAGUACAAAGCAAGUGUGGGGAAUCUCCGGUGCGACAGGUGCUCUGUUGACAAGUUGUCUGUGGAGGCUGCUACCUCAGUGCUGGACUGCCUUUGCCGGCCGGGGACGACAGCAGAAGAUGAUGGCUGCCGUGACUGCUCACCGGGCCACUUUUGCAACGGCACUGGAGAGGAGCUGCACCGCCCGACGGGCUCAACUUCACCCGCUGGCUCAAGCGACGAGCUUGACUGCCUUUGCUUAGAAGGGCACUACAGCUUGCAGUCUGGCUCGCGGCUUAGCUGUGAACCGUGCCAAGCCGGGCGCUAUAAGCCCACCACUGCCAAUCAGCAAAUCUGCCCCACUCAGUGCCCUACCAACUCCGACAGCCCAAACGCAUCCACGAGCCUGUCUAACUGCUCUUGCGUGGCUGGGUUCUAUGCAGAGCUUGAUGAAGACGGCUUCUUGGUUCGUUGUGCCAGUUGCUUUUCCUUCACUCACCUUAGCUGUUCUGGCGGAUUUUACGAGCAGACAGACCGUCACCGCCUUCCCGUCGCACGACCUGGCUAUUUCCAAACGGCCCCCACCACCGCCAUCAAGUGCAACGUCGUCAUGGACGAUGAGCUUAGUGCUUGCCUGGGAGGCGGUUCGUGUGCAAACGUUAGUGAGGGACCAGACUGCAUGGGGAAGUAUGGCAAUGUCUGCGUGGAAGGCUCCACGGGCUUCCUUUGCGGAGAGUGCCCGCCUGGUUGGGCGAGGAACUAUUGGAAAGACCCCUGCAGAUUAUGCAUGCCAGCCAGCUGGUCACUGAUCCUGUCAGUUCUAUUUGAUGUUGGCACGAAGGUGAUCCUAAACUUCGUCGUCACAUCUUUGGCGGCCACGGCUGCAGUUCGUGGCAGUGGCAAGCUACAUGCCAUAAUGAUCCGCAUUGCUACACAGUGGUUGGCUGCCUGCUCCGUCGUCGCGACCUUGGAUCUGGACCAGAUGUCGCCUUUGCAACUGCGGGACCUUAAUGGCCCGGAAGGUGAAGUCGGCUUGUUUGCAUGGCCGGUGGAAGUGACUGUCGCAAUGCUGCGUUUGUUCGAGUUUCUUACUUUGACGCCUGUUCUCACCACCGUCGACCUGGAUGCCCAAUGCUUCUCGCAAGAAGUCUCCGAGAACCCAGCCGCGCCACGAAUCGCCCUCGGCAUCUACUACCUCUCGCUGCCCUUGCUAGUGAUGCUGGGCUCAGUCCUGCUGUCCUGGGCAGCGGUGCGAUUGCUGGUCCCGCUGGCGAACCGAAUCGGGUUUCCCUUCAAUGAGGCUGGGCGCCGCCGGCACAAGCGGACCAAGGCUUUGGAGGAGUUGCUUCGGGCCAUCCAACCCGAGCUGCGCAGUGCCCAAGUAGACCUGUCCUGGGAAGAAAUCGAGGCCUCGAAGGCGCUUUUGAUCCCCGUGGCUGAGCUGGAGAGUGCUGCCGCAGAGCCGGGCGCGUUUCUUCGCAGGGCGGUGGCCGACUCCCCAUCUUUGCUUCUUCGCGCCUGCACGCUACGCGCCAGGGCCACCGGGGUCGACCUCAAGGCCGCCCAGUGUCUUAGCCCCGCACCAGCACUGGACCUUUCUUUGGGGAGGGAGUUGGCCACUGGAGCCUCCGACUUUGCCGGCCUGCUCGACCAAGUGCUGGCAUCCAAUGGUGCCCCCGUCGCCAACACCUUGAUCAUUCACGACCCGGUCGCCGAGGAUGCUAUCACUGAUCACGACUUCGAGAUCCAGAACGAGGCACGCGGGUGCCCGGGUCUGUGGGCAGCAUGUGGCCGAUUUCAAAAAGGACAGAAAGGAUAUUUUGUGCGGCGGUCGUUCAGGACCCGGCCGUCGACGAUGCCAUCAUUGACCACGACGGCGAGAUCGAGGACAAGGCCCAAGGGGGUCCAGUUCUUCAUAUGGGCAACACGUGGCAGUUUUUGGUAG